UAGUAUAACAUAACCUCAAAAUCGUGUUGUCAUUCAUCUCUUGUCUCUAAACAAUAUCUGCCACUAUUAAUACACAAUUUGGAGAUGGACAGUGUGGUGGCUAUUGAAGGUUAUUACGUCGAUUUGAUCACCGAUCAGUGGAGAGGUGAUAAGUUGCCCGAAGACGACAUCAACGUUCCUGCUUAUGAACUGGCCGAUCCAGAAGCUGACUCCGGUGAUAUUCAUUUGACUCUCAAAGAGCAAGAGCAAAAGUGGUCAGAUAUAUUAUUGAGUGCUUUAAGUGAGCACCAAUAA